AAUAUUUUGUUGUCAGGAUGUUCAUUCAGACGAGGGCAGCAGGUGGCGGUGGUUAAGGUGCUGAACUCCCACGUGACGGACCGCGCUUCCAGGCCUGGACCCGGCAUGUUGCCUUCGCACUUCUGUCUCACUGUCUGUCUCUGGAUGACACGACACGGCAAGAACUGCACCGCGGGGGCCGUCUACACCUACCACGAGAAGAAGAAGGACACAGCUGCCUCAGGCUAUGGGACCCAGAACAUUCGCCUGAGCCGGGACGCCGUGAAGGACUUCGAUUGCUGCUGCCUCUCCCUGCAGCCCUGCCACGACCCUGUCGUCACGCCAGACGGCUACCUGUAUGAGCGCGAGGCCAUCCUGGAAUACAUUCUGCACCAGAAGAAGGAGAUUGCGCGGCAGAUGAAGGCCUAUGAGAAGCAGCGGGGUGCUCGGCGCGAGGAGCAGAAGGAACUGCAGAAGGCGGCGGCGCAGGACCAGGUGCGGGGCUUCCUGGAGAAGGAGGCGGCCAUUGUGAGCCGGCCGCUCAACCCAUUCACGUCCAAGGCGGUCCCGGGGACCAGCCCAGACGAAGCCCAGGCUGGGCCCAGCACAGGGCCCCCGGGCAAGGACAAAGUGCUGCCCAGCUUCUGGAUCCCGUCGCUGACUCCCGAGGCCAAAGCAACCAAGCUAGAGAAGCCGUCACGCAUCGUCACCUGCCCGAUGUCCGGGAAGCCGCUGCGCAUGUCCGACCUGACGCCCGUGCGCUUCACGCUGCUCGACGGCUCCGUGGACCGCGUGGGCCUCAUCACGCGCAGCGAGCGCUACGUGUGCGCCGUGACCCGUGACAGCCUGAGCAACGCCACGCCCUGCGCCGUGCUGCGGCCCUCUGGGGCCGUGGUCACCCUGGAGUGCGUGGAGAAGCUGAUCCGGAAGGACAUGGUGGACCCGGUGAACGGAACCAAGCUCACCGAGCGCGACAUCAUCGUGCUGCAGAGGGGUGGCACGGGCUUCGCGGGCUCCGGAGUGAAGCUGCAGGCUGAGAAGUCGCGGCCGGUGAUGCAGGCCUGAGUGCGAGAGACCAAAUAAACAGGCCUGGGGACACUGGACGCCUGGCGCCUUCAUUCCCGGCGCUGGGGCCCCCGGGUCUUCACGCCCGAAUGACUGGAGUUUGAAAGAGGGGCCUAGACUCUUGAACAUGGUCUCAAAUCCGACCUGGACGCAGAGCUUAGCUUGGUGUUCCGCUGGGCUGAGUGGCCAGAGGGCAGAGCGAGCAGGACCUCGCAGCGCUGCUCUCCCGGCUGCGAUCCCGGUCCAGGUCCCGAUCCCAGUCCCAGCGAGGAUGCCAAGUGGCGCCAGGCCGGCCAGGAGCGUGUGCUCAGAGCAGUCGGGCGGUCCACAAGGCAGGAUGUGUGAGCCAUAGCCGUCGGAGAGGAGCGCCCGCCGGCGCAGAGCGCAGAGCCCAGGGGCGGCAAAGUGCUUGCUGGUUAAGGAGCAGACAGGGCGGGUCUGGUGGGGUUCUGCCUGCCUCCUGGGGGCAGCACUUGAAGCUUUGCAGAUUGUUUUGUGGAACUGAGAAAACAUAUUUGUGACAAAGACUUAACACCCCUGUCUUCAGGGCCAUAGCCCUAGUCCUGGCCCCCUGGGCUUUCUCUGUGCCUGAGGUUUCAGCCAAAGCUAGGGUGCUCGGGGAUCCUUGGACCGCCGCUCACCGGGCAGUCUUCCUUUCCGGUUUGGUGGACAGUCUCCUGGUCCAGUGUCCAGACCCAGGACAGUGAAGUGUCCUGGACGCUGUUCUGUCAAGGCGGUGGCCCAUGCAGGACCAGGCAGGGCGGGGCUGUAGCAAAAGGUUUUGCAGCAGGCUCCGUGUCCUCCUUGGACCUUGGGGAGUGGGGGAACCUGGCCUUUGUUCCCUCAGGUCCUUGUAGAACCUUUCCUGGGGCCUGAGAGCCCCACACCCUCUGCAGCCCCCUUAGCCCAUCCCAGCAACGUGAGAAGGAUCAUGUACCCUUCCAAAGAUUAGGCCCCCAGGUCGAGAAGGCUCAGCUUGUACAUGUCACUCUGCUCGGGUCACCUAGAGGCUCGGUCCUGCCCUCGUCCCCAUCCCUGUGCCCUCUCUCCCGCUAUCUCACUGUCACAGACAGCCCUCCACCUGGCGAGCGCCCGCCCCGCCCCUGUGCCCCCCCAUUGUCCUUUCCCAAAGCAGCCCUAACCCUGUCCUCUUUCCCAAGACCCUUCAAGCACCCCUAGUCCUUCCUGGUCCCUCUAAGAGCCCAACUUGGUUCAUAGGGUGGCGCAGACCAGCCACACCCCAAGUAAACACUUCUAAAGAUUUC